UUGGUGCUGAGCCGCAACGUUGAAGACGGUGAAAUGAUGGCUGCUGCAGAGCCUGGGAGAAAACCGUACAGAGGGGUUGUUGUGAGCCUUGGACUCCUGUGUCUCUUACAAGCUGCUCUCAACAUUUCCCUGCGUCUUGCUCUCUACCAUUCUUACAGUACCAGCUACAACACGUUGAAGAGGAACUUGAGUGACUGUGAUAACAAGACAUUGGACCUUGAGGCCAUCUUUAAAACCCUCACUGAGGAGAGAGAUGAGCUGAAGAAGAAGUGGACUGACUUUGUUCACUACUCCCAACAAGGAUGGAAGUAUUUCAACGGUAGUUUCUAUUAUAUUUCUUCGAACAUGAAAACCUGGAAUGAGAGUAGAACUGACUGUCUGCAAAAAGGGAUGGACCUAGUGGUUGUCAACAGCAAAGAAGAACAGGAAUUCAUAAAUCGAUACCAAAAGACGAUGUGGAUUGGACUGACUGACAGCGAGAGAGAGGGGACGUGGAAAUGGGUGGAUGGGACUCCACUGACAACAAGCUUCUGGCAGUCUGGGGAGCCUAACAAUUAUGAAGGACAAAAUGAAGACUGUGUAGAAACAAAGUUCAGAGACAAAAACAGCUGGAAUGAUGCAGUAUGUGGAGAUAGACACCCAUGGAUCUGUGAAAAGAAAAUGUUUCUCUAACUCAGCUUACACACCACCAUAUUGAUAAAUUUCUCCAUCUCAAUCAAUCUGACUCUAUAGAUUAAAAAAGAUAAUUAAAAGUAAUUAUUUCAGAUGGGAAACCAACCACCAAUUUUUCAAGCCUAUCUUAAAACAGUAGUCAGGUGUGUGUGUGGCUACGUUGAACAGUUUUAACUUGCUGUCAUCGUUCCUCCUGUCUGUAACGGCCCCGAGGAGAUCUCUUCCUAACGUGAUUUCAAUGUAAGAAAAUAGGGGACAAAAUCCACAAAAUCCUGUGUAAUCUGCAGCAAGUGAGUAUCUUCCAAAGUUACAAUCUUUUAGUACGACAUUCUUUCUUUGUGUUACUGUCCCUAAACUGCAGAUUAGCAAAGGAUCAGUGGCUCAUAUUAACUUCAGCUGAAUUUAAGAAUGAAUUUUUACAAAGUACGAGGACGUGUGGAUUUUGUCUCCCAUUGCUUACAUUGGAAAUGUGUCAAGAAGGGAUCUUUUCACAGUCAGUGUGGAAAGGAGGAGACUUGUUUCCAUUGUGGUCCCUGAUGUAAAGACAGUAUUGAUGCAGGAGUCCAGGUGCCAUAAAAUCCAGGAACCACAAUCAUGGCUAAAAGUGUAUUAGGUCCACCUAGAGCUGAAACUUAUGCAGUAAUACAGCAGCCCAGCAACAAAUCCACCCUUCAUGAAGGUUAUAAUGUUUAGUUUGUGUUGAAGCUGUUUUUGAGAGGUGUUGACUCAACAUCAUGGUCAUUUUGUAGGUUGUGUCCUUGUUGAAUUGUAUUGCAUUAUUGUGAAAAGUGUUUGUAAUAUUUAGUCUACCAUCACUGAUACAAAUGUAGAGGACGAUGUGACUUUAACUUCUUUGCACUGGUUGUCGUUUUCUUUCAAAAUCCAUUUUUAAAAUCUUGCUAAUUAUGUACAAGGUUGAUUCAGUUUUAAACACUGUCGCCUUUCGUUGUGGACUUUGUACAUUCUCAGUGUGUCUGUGUGGGUUUCUUUGGGUCUCUGGUAUCUUCCCACAGUCCAGACUCCAGGUUAAGCUCAAAGGGUGACUGAAUUUUUGCUGGUGCUUGCUAUCUCAUAAUCUACCUUCUAUUGCUUUUAUCUAUUUUUAAUCUGUUGAUACAGAUCCAGUUUUAUUUCUUUGUGUCUAAACAUUGUUGUGUUCACUCC